AUGUCAGCUCGAGAUGCCCAGUAUGCGUAUUCAUACGCUACACCAAAAAAUCACCAGCAACUUCACCACCAGGCAGCUCAGACGUCGCUACACCACCAGUACACUCAACAAACAAAUCAGUUCACGACCACUCAAGACGGCUUACUAACUCAGACCACCUCUGGAACUCCGAAUCCUCAAUACACGUCUCCGCACAACACCCCGAUUGCGCCGAAUACACCUGGAACGCAAACUCGUCGUUUCAAGACACCCCAGCACACUUCAAUCGCACCGCAAAUACCAUGUACAACGAACCGACAAUACACGACGUCACAACACCCGUCGAUCGCAUCGCCAGCUUUAGACCAUCCGACUUCACCCUUAAACUCGACGCAAUGUAUAUCCGCACCUAACGGUAUAACUUCCUUGAAUUCUAUGUCCACACCACCGUCGAUUCCCACGGGGAUAUCCAGCACUGGUUCGGGAACAACCAUGGUUACGAAUUUUGAAUUACAAGACGUUAUCGCGCAAUUUCAAACUCAGCCUGAACUUCUUAAACUGAUCCUUACCUCAAAGGUCGAGGAGGACAAGAGGAAAGCUGAAGAAGCAAAGUUGCGCGUUAGAGAAUUAGAUUUAAUGCUCUCGGAACGUAACCGACAGAGAAAACAUAUUGAAGAGAUGGAAAAUUCAAAACAUAAUGGGGAUGAACAAGCUAAUAAUGACAUGGAUUAUGAGAAUGAUCACACCAUGGGAGCUUUUUCUGUGUCAGACGGCUCUUUGAAUUACGCGUCGUUUAAUAAUAGUUUAACAUCAUCUGUUCAAAAUCUCACAAACAACUCUUCUUCUAAUACUCCUAUAAUAUCAUCAACUUCUCGACCUAAACCAACGCCUCACCUCAAACCCACACCUAAAGGUAGUCCACCGACAUCACAACUUCAGUUGAAUUCGCAAAAUCUGCUAAUGACGCAGAGUCAAGCAUCAUAUGAUACGGAAGUUGGAUUAAAUGAAGAAGGCAAUAAUACACCGAACAUACGUAAACGUAAACGCCGCGAAAUGCUUCCGGUAACAAUGAUAAUUGAAACCAAGGAGUAUCCUUAUGUGGAUGACUACUUGUGGAAAAAUAAUGGGAACACUACGCAGAGGAAGACGGGAAAUAAGAGUGUCUAUUUCAAAUGUUCCAACAGUAACAAGGGUUGUCCCGUUAAUAAAACUGUGACGGAAAAGGAUGGUGGUUGGACCAUCAAAUAUCGAGGUCAUCAUCUGGAAGAAUGCGGUAAGAUCAAGCGGAUUGUUCAAAAUUAG